AUGUCCUCUCGUUUAUUCAAAUCACUCGUUUCCACCCAACUCCCUAAGGCAGCAGCAGCAAUAGCUUCUCUAUCAGUAAGACCAACUAUCGCUCGAGUUGCUUGGCAGCCACCCGUCUUUACAACUACUGCUACACGUUUUUAUGCAAAGAAAAGCAAGGACAACAAGAAGAAAUCAAAUGAAUCCAAGACAGCAGCCUCAGCAGAGCAAGAAGAGGAGGAAUUUGUCCGUCAAUUCAACGAGAAACAAACUCAAGAGAAAUAUGAGAAAUUGAUCUCUCAAUUGAAAGAGCAUUUGAGUGUCAUGCGAAUGGGAAGAGCCAACCCAUCUUUGUUGGAUAAUGUCCGUGUUCGCAUCGAGCAUUCCCACUUCUCUUUGAAGGAUCUCGCUCAGGUAACGGUCAGAGAUCCCCAAACGCUUUUGGUCACUGUUCAUGACGCUGAUUACAUGUCAGCUGUAGACAAGAGUAUUCGUGAAGCUGGAUUGAACUUGAAUCCUAUUAUAGAUAACAAAAUGAUUAGAGUGCCCAUCCCCAAGCCUACCAAAGAAUCCCGUGAUAAAAUGGCCAAACUUGUCAGCACAACAGGUGAGCAAACCAAGCACAAGGUGAGAUCCCUUCGUCAAGAUGGCAUGAAGCAGCUGAAGCAUGAUGCCAAGCAUCAAUCUGCAGACGAAAUCAAAAAGCUGGAGAAGACUGUGCAAAACUUGACUGACAAAUACAACAAAUCUAUCGACGAGCUAUUAAAGGCCAAGAUCAAGGAGAUUCAGUCCUAA